AUGUCUACUGAGGCCAGUGGUUUAGUGCUAGAAAAUACAUCUCGUAGAGAUGCUUUGAUUGCCAUUGAGAAGAAAUAUCAAAAGAUUUGGGCUGAAGAACAUCAAUUUGAAUUAGAUGCACCAUCUAUCGAUGAUGAACCAGUCACUAUGGACUCUGAGGAAUUACAACGUAAAUAUCCAAAAUUUAUGUCUUCUAUGGCAUACCCAUACAUGAACGGUGUAUUACAUGCCGGUCAUUGUUUCACUUUAUCUAAAGUUGAAUUCUCUGUCGGUUUCGAAAGAAUGAACGGUAAGAGAGCUUUAUUCCCAUUAGGUUUCCAUUGUACUGGUAUGCCUAUCUUAGCUUGUGCCGAUAAAUUAAAGAGAGAAGCCGAAUUAUUCGGUACUGACUAUAGUAAUGUCCCAGUUGAAGAUGCUGAAGAAGAAGCUAAACCAGAAGUCAAAGAAGAAGCUGUUGAUCCAACUAAGUUCAAAGCUAAGAAAUCUAAGGCUCAAGCAAAGAAAGGUCGUGGUAAGUACCAAUAUGAAAUCAUGAUGCAAUUAGGUAUUGCUAGAGAAGAUGUUAUCAAGUUCGCUGACGCUCAAUACUGGUUAACUUAUUUCCCACCUCUAUGUCAAGAUGAUUGUACUUCCAUUGGUGCCCGUGUUGAUUGGAGACGUUCUUAUAUCACUACUGAUGCCAACCCAUACUACGAUGCCUUCAUUAGAUGGCAAAUGAACAGAUUAAAGGGCCUAGGUAAGAUUAAGUUCGGUGAACGUUACACUAUUUACUCCGAAAGGGAUGGUCAGCCAUGUAUGGAUCAUGAUAGACAAUCCGGUGAAGGUGUUGCCCCACAAGAAUAUGUUGGUAUCAAGAUCGAAGCCACUGAAUUUGCUAAGGAUGCUCAAGAAUUAUUAGACGGUUGUUCUGCGAUUGACAAAUCCAAGAAGCUUUACUUUAUUGCUGCUACUUUGAGACCAGAAACUAUGUACGGUCAAACUUGUUGUUUUGUUUCUCCAACAAUUGAUUAUGGUAUCUUUGAUAACGGUGACUCUUACUACAUUACUACUAAGCGUGCCUUUAAGAAUAUGUCCUUCCAAAAGCUUACUCCAACUAGAGGUGCCUAUGAACCUCUCUUGACUAUUCCAGGUAAGGCCUUUAUCGGUUCUAAGAUUGAUGCUCCAUUAUCUGUCCAUAAAGAUCUAAGAAUUCUACCUAUGGAAACUGUUAUUGCCACUAAGGGUACCGGUGUUGUUACUUGUGUUCCAAGUAACUCUCCAGAUGAUUACAUUACUACUAAGGAUUUAGCUCAUAAGCCAGAAUACUAUGGUAUUGAUCCAUCUUGGUUAAAGCCACUUGAUGAACUAGUUCCAUUAAUCAAAUCUCAAAAGCAUGGUGAUCUUAUUGCUAAGUCCCUUGUUGAAGAACUGAAGAUUCAAUCUCCAAAGGACAAGAACGCUCUAGCUGAAGCUAAGAAGAUUGCUUACAAAGAAGAUUACUAUGGUGGUGUAAUGGUUUACGGUCCAUUUACCGGUGAAAAGGUUGAAGUUGCUAAGAACAAGGUCAAGGCUCAAAUGCUUGCUGAUGGUCACUGUUUUGUUUACAAUGAACCUGAAGGUGUUGUUAUGUCCCGUUCUGGUGAUGAAUGUAUUGUCUCCCUAGAGGACCAAUGGUACUUGGACUACGGUGAAGAAAACUGGAAGGCUGAAGCUCUAGAAUGUCUAGAAGGUAUGGAAGUCUUUGCUCCUGAAGUUAAGAAUGCCUUCGAAGGUGUUUUAGACUGGUUGAAGAACUGGGCUGUCUCCCGUUCCUAUGGUCUAGGUACUAAGAUCCCAUGGGAUCCAAAGUACUUAGUUGAAUCUCUAUCUGAUUCCACCAUCUACCAAUGUUUCUACACAAUUGCACAUCUAUUAUUCAAGGAUUAUUAUGGUAAGGAAAUUGGUCCUCUAAAUAUUAGUGCUGAUCAAAUGACUGACGAAGUCUUUGACUAUAUAUUCCAACACACUGAUGAUGUUAAAACCGAUAUUCCAAUUAGAUCUCUACAGAUCUUGAGAAGAGAAUUCGAAUACUUCUACCCAUUAGAUGUUUCUAUCUCUGGUAAAGAUUUGAUCGGUAAUCAUUUAACUUUCUUCAUUUACAACCAUGUCGCUUUGUUCCCAAAGAAGUUCUGGCCAAAGGGUAUUAGAGCCAACGGUCACUUAAUGUUGAACAAUGCUAAGAUGUCUAAGUCUACUGGUAACUUCAUGACUCUAAAGCAAAUUGUUGAAAAGUUUGGUGCUGAUGCUUCCCGUAUUGCUCUUGCUGAUGCUGGUGAUAGUGUCGAAGAUGCUAAUUUUGAAGAAUCUAGUGCUAACGCUGCCAUUUUGAGAUUGUUCAAUCUAAAGGAAUGGGCUGAGGAUAUCAUUAAGAACCAAGAUAAAUUAAGAACUGGUCCAAUUACAGAUUUCUUCGAUGUUUCUUUCGAGAAUGAAAUGAAUGCUUUGAUUGAAAAGACUCAUGAACAAUAUUCUUUGACUAACUAUAAGAAUGCUUUAAAGUAUGGUCUGUUUGAUUUCCAAACUGCAAGAGAUUAUUACCGUGACUCUUGUGAAACUAUGCAUAAGGAUUUGGUUCUACGUUAUAUUGAAUUCCAAGCUUUAGCCUUGGCUCCAAUUACUCCACAUUUCUGUGAAUACAUUUAUCGUGAAGUUCUAGGAAAAGCUGGAUCUGUUCAAAACACUGCUUUCCCACGUGCUUCCAAGCCAGUUGACAUGAAAGCUCUUGCUGCUUUGACUUAUGUCAGAGAUUUACAAAGAUCUAUUAGAGAAGCUGAAGGUCAAGCUCUAAAGAAGAAGAAGGGUAAGACUGCAGACGUUGAUGCUACUAAGCCAAUUAAGCUAAGUAUUUUGAUCUCUGAGGACUUCCCAGAAUGGCAAUCUGACUGUGUUGAAGUUGUUAGAAAGCUAUUCGAAGAGCACAGUCUAGACGACAACAAGAAGGUCAGAGAACACAUUAAUCCAAAGGAAAUGAAGAGAGCUAUGCCAUUUAUUAAUUUGUUGAAGCAACGUCUAGCCGUUGAACCAGCUGAAGAUGUUUUAUCCAGAGAAAUUCACUUCAAUGAAAAUGAUACUGUUAAAUCAACCAUUGAAUCUUUGAAGUCUGCUAGUCAAACUUUGAAACCAACCGAAUUCUCUAUAAUAUCCUUCGCUCAAGGUGCUAAGACUGGUAAGGAUAUAUUUACCGGCGCUGAAGUUGAGUUAACUCAACCAGCCAGAGUCAUUGACCGUGCUUUACCAGGUAACCCAGGUGUUAUCUUUAGUAACAUCUAA